CUUAGGCGAGGAUGAUGCUGCUCGGGGAGAAGCCGCCCCAUUUGAGCCGCAGCUCGAGCUCGCAGUCGACGACGUGGACGGACUCGACGAUCCACAACGACCUCAACGUCAAGAUCGAGGUGAACGCGAGCACGCUCUCAGUCGACGCCACGGGCAGCGUCGCCGUCCUCGCCGCUCGGAAGGGCCUCUACGUCAUCGACCUCGAGUCGCCGUACCAGCCGUCGCGCACGCUGCACCAUCAGACCAAAUGGGACGUGACGGUCGUCAAGUGCAACCCGCACGUGCUCUACAAGGGACUCGUGGCAUCGACGUCGAACCACAACACGCUGCUCUGGAACAUUGACCACAACAACACGAACAACGGCUUCCAGGGCGUCCUCUCGAGCCACCAGCCCCUCAUUGCGACGCUGCGCGCCCACACACGGCCCGUGAGCGACGUCGCGUGGUCGCCGUCCGAGCCCACGAUCCUCGCGACGUGCUCGGCCGACACGAAGACGCAUCUCUGGGACAUUCGCACGCCGCAGAAGCCCGUGCAAACCCUCUGCGCGUUCACGACGAGCGCGACCCAAGUCGAGUGGAACCGGCUCGACCCGACGUCGCUGGCGACCGCGCACGACGGCGAGGUACGUGUGUGGGACACCCGGUCGUGCGACAAGCCGACGGCCAUCAUCACGGCGCACAUGCAAAAGAUCUACGGGCUCGAUUGGAGCCCCAGCAAUAUGCACGAGCUCGUGACCUGCUCCGAGGACAAGACGGUCAAGUUCUGGAACGUGCUGCGGCCGCGCGUGUGCCAAGGGUCGCUCGCGACCGGCGCACCCGUGUGGCGAGCGCGCUACACGCCGUUUGGCGACGGCCUCGUCACGACAUCCCAUCGCCAAGACAACGUGAUCCGCCUCUGGUCGCUCAGCCACGAGAGCAGCUCGAUCGAGGCCAAGCAAGUGCACGACUUUGUCGGCCACCGAGACCUCGUCAAAGGCUUUGCGUGGCGCGCCCACGACCACGCGUUCCAGCUCGUCUCCUGGUCCAAGAACCAAGAGCUCCGCAUGUGGCACAUGGAUCGAAGCCACCUCGAGGCGUGUGGGCUGUUGACGAACAAGACGCUGUUAACGACCGAGCCCGAGGUCAACCGCCGGUCCGAGACCGCCCACCACGUCUUCAAGUUUGAUUUGGCGUCGCUCAAGUCGGAUUUUGUGCCGCUGGCGCUGCCGACGACCGCGGUCUCGCUGCAGUGGAACCACCAAAACGUCCUCGCGUUCGUCGAUGAAGAGGACGACGAGCUCUUUCUGUCGCCGCACCACAGUAGUUCUGCGUUGCUGACAGAAAACAACGACGAUCUGCCCGGUCACGAUGCGAUGGAAGACGCCAAAGCGAAAGGCGCGCUGCCGUGCCCGCGCAUGUCGGGCGCGUGCUUUAGCGGGCCCAACAUGCUGGUCGUCUUUGACUCGCGCGUCGCGAUCGGGCAGUCCAAGCUCUUGCCGUCGUCAGUGGCGACAACCAUUUUGCCCAAGACGUACGCGGGUCUUCAAAAGCUCUCGGAUGCCACGAGCGGCCUCAAGAGCGUCAAGAAACCGACGGCCGUCGAGAUGGACUACGCGUGGGACGCCCACCCGGACAUCCUCACGAUGGACGACGAGAUGCCCCACGACGAGCACGAGUACCACAGUACGCACAUGGAACCCCACACGCCGCGGUCGACGGCGCUGCGGAUGCUGCCGGAUUACAUGGAGAACAACGCGACGCUGACGCUGAGCGUAAGCGUCUCGCUCUUGGAUUGCUCGCGUUUUUGCGGCGAGUUUGACUUGCCGCUCGCGAGCUGCUCGGCCCAAGCCGCGCGCGCGCUCUCGGCCGGUCAAAUUGAACUCGGCCAGAUGUGGUCGAUGCUCGCCAUCUCGUCGACGGCAACCGAGCCGCCCGAGACGCUGCUCACGCCGUGGGCCGCCCACCCGCUCGGCGCCUCUCUCGUGCAGCACGUGCUCGAGCUCUACGAGAAAGCAGGCGACGUGCCGACCCUCGCGGCCAUUGUUUGUGCGCUCGACGACGCGGACAAGAACGUACAGCCGGCAACACCGAGGAUCGAACCCAUUGCCUUGAGCGCCCGCCCGCCACGGCACCCGACAAUCGAGGACGAGAGCACGCCGAGGCGCAAGGCGACUGCGUCGCAGCACUUCGCAGCGUCGCCGCACUCUGCGAUCGACUCACCGUCCCGGUCCACCUCGAUUGACGCCUCCAACCUGCGCAACUACGUGCUGCCCAAGAGCCCCGUGACGUCGGUGCUGAAUGAAUCGAUCGCAGAAGACGAACGCGAGGUGCCGGUGCUAGCGACAGCCCCCACCGAAGAAGCCGUCGUGCUGCUUUCAUCGGCGGCAAAGGAUCGAGCCCGGUACGACCAGUACAAGACAGCGUAUGGCGACGUCUUGUACCACUAUGGCGCGCUCAACACGCGCUGCGAAAUGCUCAAGCACCUCGAGACGACGCCGGCGCCGCACGAAGGCCUCACCCUCGCGCUGUACUGCCACGCCUGCGGCCACCCGACAAGCGACCUCUACUGCGCCCAGUGCAAGGACUUUUCUGUCAAGUGCUCGGUCUGCGAGCUCGUCGUGCGCGGCGAAUCGAUGUAUUGCGUCAGCUGCGGCCACGGCGGCCACCGCACGCACUUGGCGACCUGGUUCGCCACCGAGAGCGCCUGUCCGACGGGCUGUGGCUGCUGGUGCAACCAAGCCAAGGACGCGAUGGAGUUUGCGCUCACGUUGUCGCCGCCGCCCACCGCGUCGACAUCGCUCCUGCGGUCCGUCUCGUUUUAA